CCAACCACAGAGGGGCGACGCAGUCAGAUGUCUGCUCGUCGUCCAAUCAAAACCUGUCGGGCGGUGGAGCGGAGUCCCAGCUCGGAAGGACCAAGCUCGGAGGAGAGGUGGUGACUGAACGCAAGGGAUGCAAUGGAUGAACUGGAUCUAUUACUGGCUGAACUUGAGCAGACGUCGGUGAGCGACGCCCGAACCUGCGCGGAUCCCUCGACUCUGUCUGGCUUUGACUUCCUGACAGCGUUUGCCACAGAGGGCAGUUCGCAGGAGGCGCCUGUCGACGCCAGAGAGCCGAAACUGCUGGCCCCAGUUGGCCGUCGAGAGGAGUCAUCCUCCGUGAAUCAAUUUAAGCCGGUCUACUUCUCACUUCUCGAUGACUCCGGCGGAAUAACCAGAGAAGGAGAGCGGCCGAAUGAUGGCUUUGGCAGAACCUCUGCGGAGCCGCCCCCGGACGGCGGAGGAACCACGCUACUGAGCCCAACGUCAGCCGCCAGGGAGCUGGACAACAUCAUGGCAGACCUCGCCGGCGUGCUCAGCCCCACGGAACCGUCGCCGACCCCGGCGGCCCCCGCCCCCGCAGCAGCGGCGAAGGAACCGGAGAGCUCGCUGGACACCAUGCUGGGGACCCUGCAGUCUGACCUCAAGCGGCUGGGAGUGAGCACUGGCGCCAAGGGGAUCUGCGCCGCGUGCAAAAAGCCCAUCCUUGGAACGAUUGUCACGGCGAUCGGUCUCACCUGGCACCCGGAGCACUUCGUCUGCGCACACUGCGAGGAAGAGAUCGGGCAGAACGGGUUUUACGAGCGGGACGGCCGGGCCUAUUGCAACAAGGAUUACCAGAAGCUCUUCUCGCCCCCGUGUGCCUACUGCAGAGGACCUAUCGUGGACAAAAUCCUUACGGCCUUAGACAAGACCUGGCACCCGGAGCACUUUUUCUGCGCCAACUGUGGUGACAUAUUUGGCUCCGACGGUUACCACGAGAAGGACGGGAAAGCUUACUGCCGCAAGGACUACUUCAGCAUGUUCGCGCCCAAAUGCGGCUGCUGCGCCCGGCCAGUCCUCGACAACUACCUGUCAGCGCUCAACAGCGUCUGGCACCCGGAGUGCUUCGUUUGCCGGGACUGCCUGACUCCCUUCACCAGCUCCAGUUUCUUCGAGGUGGAAGGGAUGCCCUACUGCGAGCUUCACUACCACCAACGCCAAGGCACGCUGUGCAGCGCCUGCCAGAAGCCCAUCGCCGGCCGCUGCAUCGCCGCCAUGGGCAGGAAGUUCCACCCGGAGCACUUCGUUUGCGCCUUCUGCCUCAAGCAGCUCUGCAAGGGGGUCUUCAAGGAAAAUAACGACAAGCCUUAUUGCAACGCCUGCUUCAACAAGCUGUUCCUCUAGCAGCGCAGGAUCUCCCUCCCACCCUGCACCCUCUGCACACUCCGCUUCCCCCCCUCCCCCCCCCCCCCCGCCGGUCCCCAGCUCACCGCAAACGAAGUUCCUCCUCAAUCCCACCCUCCCGGCCACCCCCUCCCCCACUUCCUGACAAACAGUCCCUCUGCGCAGUGGCCACCAGGAGUAGAAACCGGAGUGGAUCUCCAGAUACCUGAUUGUUCUUUCACCGCAGCGCCGUUUCCCUGCACGGACGCCGUCAGCCCCGAGAAACAGAAGCCACCGCGGUAAACGGGGGCUUCUGCAGCCCCGCGUGGGUGGGAAUGGAAAACACUCACCCCUCUUUGGGUGAAGAGAUUUCUCCCCUUUUCAGUCCUGAAUGGCAGGGCCAUCGUUUAGAGAAGGCGACCCUCGAUUCCUGACACCCCGGCCAAGGGAAAUGCUCAGCCCUGUGUCUGUCCCCGAAAGAAUUCAGCACACAUCUACCGGCUCACCUCUCACUCUGUGAGAGUGAGACCGGAAUCUACUUAACCUCUUGUCAGGCGAGGAAUCACCCGUCCGGGAUCUCGUCCUGUGCUCUUCUGUCGGAUGCAUGAGAGCGAGAACAGUCUGCGCACUAUGGGAUGUCACUGGGACCCAGUAAAAAUAUAUUUUACGGCAAUCCCUUUGAAAUAAAUGGCACCGCGCCUUUUUUUUGCUAACUGUUUGCCUUACCUUCUUUACCGUGUUAAAUUACCAGCGACUUACCAUCCAACCACC